AUGUUUCCUAUGUUAGUUGAUCAUGAUUUUCAAAUUUCAUCUGAUAUUCAAAAUAUUGGUUAUGAUGAUGAUAUUAAAAUAAUCAAUUCACAGUGUAUAUUACUUAUUAAAUGUCGAACAGUACAUAAUUAUAAUGAAUGGAUAAAACAUUUAUCAAAUCUAACUGAACAAGUAAAAGAUGUUGUCAAUAAAACACGAAAUCAAUCAGAUUCAUAUGCACCUAUUCGAGAAAAUCAAUUAGCUUAUUAG